AUGGAGCUCAACUGCACAACAUCACUUACAAACCGCACACAGAUGCUAAUAUAUGGAGACAUGAAUAACGGAGAAACUGAGAUUGCAAUCGAUGCUCGUACUACGUCCUUCGAGGAGCCAACCAAGCGAGUUUUUGAUUCCCGCGGAACACAGCUGUUCCAAAACUCAGUUGCAAUGUACCGGCUGAAAAUGUAUCUGCACCGCUAUAUGGGCUUGAUGCACAAUGUAAAGGUACCUCAGCAGAGCAAUAACGCUAAGAUAGUGGAGUUUAUAGGGAUUCUACAGAAACUCGAGACAUUGGUCAACCAAACACCAGCAAUACCUGGGCCCAGACGAUACGGAAACCUCGCCUGCCGAGACUGGCACGACAAGGUAGAGGCUGUGAUUAAUACCACCCUGGAGGAUUUUCUACCAAUUGAGUGCCACAAGAGUAUUGUAGAAGUGCGAUACUACCUGGCAAAUGCAUUUGGCUCACGCGAACGGCUGGACUACGGCACCGGCCACGAACUAUCAUUUUUCGCAUUGGUGUGUGCUCUGGACAUGUUGGGGGUGUGGCCUGUGUCUCUCACAGGUGCUGACUUGCUUUUUCUAUUCGAUCGCUACUACGCACUUGUGAGAAAACUAGUGCUGGCGUAUAGCUUGGAACCAGCGGGUUCGCAUGGGGUCUGGGGCCUGGAUGACCAUUUCCACCUAAUGUACAUUUUCGGCGCUUCUCAGUGGGCAGACUCACGCACCGCUCCUGUAAUGCCAAAGGAUGUGCAAAGUAAAUCGGUCGUAGUGGACUAUGCCCCUACCAACUUGUAUUGCCAGGGGCUUUCGUUUGUCUUCCAGGUAAAGUCAGGCCAUUUCUCAGAAAACUCGCCUAUGUUGUAUGACAUCUCCCAGACAGUACCUACAUGGUCUAAGGUACAGCGCGGACUAUUGAAGAUGUAUUUCGCAGAAGUUCUUAACAAAUGCCCCGUGGUUCAGCAUUUCUGGUUUGGCACAGGGUUGUUUCCGUGGACUAGUCCCGAGGGCGGGUUCGACUUACCUACUUAUGAGUCAAGUGCAGAAGCACAGCCUGCUCCCACUCCUAUGAUAACUGCAGCUACUAUGAGGCCGGCUCCUGUUCGUCACUCCAUGAAGCCACCAAAUUUUCACACAGUAGGCCGAUUCACUUCCCAAGAUCGUUUUAGAAAAGGUUGA